GAUAACGAAACAUAGUCAGAUAUAAUGCUGUCUUCUCGAGCUCUUAAUGCAGCGUCUCGUUCGUCUCUCAGUCGUCCUCUUCUCGCCAAGAGACUAACUUCUUCUGGUCGAACUGCUGAUCCUGAGAUCCAUGGUCGUAACGAUGGAGACGAGCCUAGUCUUUUCCCAACAGACCCCGAAGGUUUGGAUGAUGUAGCGAAUCCCAAGACUCCGGCAGAUGAGAUUGUACCGGACAUUCGACCACCCGGUUUAGAAAAAGAACCGCUUAAGCCUCCUAAAAACCCACGAGCUACUUCACACAAGAUUGAGUCUACUCCGGUUAGUCUGCCCGCAGAUCCCAGUCUCCAACAGAAACGAAAAUGAGAGCAGCAAAAGCCUUAGCAGCUGCACCCGCCAUGGUCGCCUAGUAUAAGACAUACUAUUGUGAACUGUAGGCAGAUAUGUUUACUUUUUAUUAGCUUUUGAGAAUAAAAAAAAAACAAAUUAUUUAUGCUUUCUUGGGACUAAAGAAAGUAAUUUACUUCCAUUUUUACAAAUGUGUUAGUAUCUUGGAAUUUUGAGUUGAUGUGAUGCAUGAGAUUAGGCACAAUAGAUUUGAUUCAAGCAUAUGUGGUGAUAA